AUGCCACGGCGUAAGAAGAACACGAACAAGCCUUCGACAGAAGCCUUUGUGUCCAAUCAAAACGGAGGAAGCCAGGGUAUUAAUGCAAAUCAAUGCCCAAAUCAAUUGAGACAUACAUUAGAACCACUAAUUUCAUCGAUGUCGAGCUUGACCGUGGAUAGUACCGUUCAUGAAACAACACAGACAUCGCAUAACAUCGCUUCCGCUGUCCCUUCACUAAGUUGUGUUGCUGAAUCAGUGGGUGAGGAAAACCAAAAUGUGCCUUCUAUCAUGGUGAAGGUUGAAAUCCUCGCGUUGAUGAAGGAUUUGAAAACUCUUGAAGUGGACGCGUUGUACAAAAUUUGUCGUACUGGUACCAAAGUAAUGUGCAAAAACAAACGACAUUAUGACAUCGCCAUAUUGUACCUGAAGACGACAAAGACUGAAUUUUAUACAUAUGACAUCCUCGGAGAAAAGGCUGAAUUUUAUACAUAUGACAGGCUCGGAGAAAAGCCAUUUAAAGUGAUUGUAAGAGGGCUUCCUGGGAUAAAACCUGAGCUCCUCAAGCAAGAAUUGACGGAUAACUUCAAACUCAAGGUGUUGUCUGUAUUUUCAAUGGUCAGAAACGACGAAGACACCGUAAAGCAUCAUGACAAGCUGUUCCUCGUUAACUUCCAAAAGGGAUCAACUACUUUGCACGCAUUGAAAGAGAUUAAGACAAUAUUCUUGAUCAAGGUAAGCUGGGAGUUGUUCCGAGGAUGGAAAAUGGACGCCACCCAGUGCCAACGCUGCCAGAACUUCGGGCAUCAAACCCAAAAUUGUCACAUGAUGCCUCGUUGUGCGUUUUGUACCGGAGCACAUCUAACGAAUGGAUGCCCCAUCCAGGAGUUGACCAUCAAUUCGAAUCAACAACCCGCUCGGUCAACGUCAGCAUCAUCGGAUCUUUACUCUGGAGCUGAAUUGUGUCAGAUCUUUAAGGAAAUAACGUCUGCAUUUCAACCGUGUCAAUCUCAAGCUGAUAAAGUUCGGGUGAUGAAUUACUUCGUCAACAAAUAUGGAACGUAA